CGGGUACAUCGUAUAAUAGAUAUAUUGUAUGUUAUACAUAUCAAGCCAUGUAUCCAACGUCCACCACCGAUUGGUGGAUAUGUAUUGCCACGCUGUGUUUAGUCAUCGCAGUCGCGAUCGCAUAUUAUUUUUCUGUUUCGACGUUUAAGAUAUGGGAAGAAUUAAACGUUCCUUACAUUAAACCAAUUCCGUUGUUUGGUAACAUUUUGAAUCAGGUUUUGUGCAAAGACCACGCGUUGGAAUUUUACAAUAAAAUCUAUUACGAGUUCGUCGGUCACAGAUACGGAGGACUGUUCCAGAUGCGGACGCCUUAUUUAAUGAUCCGCGAUCCAGAACUGAUCAACGACGUGCUAAUAAAAGACUUCUCGUCCUUCGCCGAUCGUGGUGUCUAUUCGGAUUUCAAAGUAAACCCGUUGUCAAACAACUUAUUAUUCAUGAGAAAUCCGCAAUGGAAAAUAAUGCGACACAAACUGACCCCAGCGUUCACGCCGGGAAAACUGAAUUUAAUGUACGAUCAGAUCAGAGAGUGUAGUAGAAUAUUAACGAAAAAUAUCGAUAAAUAUUUAGCGGAAAAUAACAACGAAAUAGAAAUAAGAGACAUGAUAAGUAAGUAUUCGACCGAUAUCAUCGGCACUUGCUUUUUUGGGUUCAAUUUAAACGCCAUAAGCGAUGACGAAUCCCCACUUCGCAAGUACGGGAAAUCGUUAAAUUCACCAUCACUAAAGAUGCUUUUUGGACAGUUGUGUUUGAUGAUCACACCUACGCUUUUUAAACUUGUAAGAUUGAAAGAUUUUCCAACGGAAAUAACUGACUUUUUUCACACAGCGUUAAAAAAUACUAUAUCCUAUAGAGAAGAAAACAAAAUAAUCAGAAAUGAUUUCGUUCAAGUUUUAAUGAAAGCAAGAAACGAUUUAGUUUUGAACGAAAAUUUACCGAAUAAUGAAAAAUUUACUGAAGUACAAAUUAUUGCAAAUGGUUUUGGUAUGUUUAUCGCUGGAUUCGACACAGUUUCAUCAACUGUAUGUUAUUGUUUACAUGAAUUAUCGUUAAAUAAAUCUAUUCAAGAUAAAGUACGUCAAGAGAUUCAACUGAAACUUUCCGAAAAUGACGGACAAAUUAACAACGCGUUUUUGAUGGAUCUUCAUUAUUUGGAUAUGGUAGUAGCGGAAACAUUACGAAUGUAUCCUUCAGUUAUUGCUUUAUUUAGAAAUGCAACAAAAUCAUAUCAAGUGCCCAACGAUUCAUUAAUAAUUAAAAAUGGCCAAAAAAUAGUAAUUCCUGUUUAUGCAUUGCAUUACGAUAGUAAGUAUUAUACGGACCCUGAAAAGUUUAUUCCUGAAAGAUUUUCGCCGGAAGAAAAAGCUAAACGGCCAACCGGUAUUUACCUUCCAUUUGGCGAUGGGCCUCGAAUGUGUAUAGGAAAACGUUUUGCAGAGAUGGAAAUAAAAUUAACAGUUGUUGAAAUGUUAACUAAAUUUGAAAUAUUCCCAAGUGAAAAUACAGAAAUGCCUCUUAAAUAUUCUAAUAAUACUUUUAUAUUGCUCCCAAAAAAAGAUAUUUGGUUAAAAUUAAAAAAAAUUGAUUAACUAAAGCUGAUAUUUAAAUUUUAAAUUUUGAUGAACAGAAUAAAAUUGUAUAAUUUUUUUUUAUUUUGUUUCUGGAUAGUUUUAAACUUCAUUCCAUAAUACUUGUACUGACACUACUAUAACAUACUAAUAUAAAUUAUAAAUAUUUUAAAUAUUCAAAAUAUUUUAGAUUCAGAACGAAACAUCGGUUUUACAAUAUUAUUUGUAAAUGUUAAAUUAGGGAAUAAUUCAUCAGUAAAAUCGAGUGUUUUUCAAUAUACUUCAAACCUUGAGCGUUUUGAUUAUAGAUCAUGUUAUAACUUAUACGCGAUCUUUUAACGAGUUAUGGGUCAACAUCUAACUGUAUUUAGGUAUACUACUUUAUUUAUAUAUAUAAUAAAUAUAUCUAGAUAUAUAAUAUUUUAGGUACCUAUGUAAUAAUUGAUUUUUAUACAUUCAUCUUAUGUAGGAUGUAGGUACUAGGUAGAUAUAUAGAAUGUGAUAAGUGAUAUAAUUAUUAUUAGUAGUACAACUAUUAUCAGUUAUGAUUGAUAUGUAAGUUAUAUUAAUGAAUGAUGUUCAAAUGUACAUGAAAAUCUGGGGAACUGGUUGAUUGUCAGAUGUAAGAAAUAAUUAUUCAUUAAUUUAUAAGUUUGAGCAUGGCGAGAAAAGAUAAAAGAAAAUUUUUAUUAGAAAAAUAUACUUAUAUAAUACUUGAUCUGAUAUCCUUAUUUUGGCACUAUCCAAAAUCAUACAAAUAUAUAAAAAUGUAUAUUUAAUUUAUAUAUUAAUAAAUUGAACUCUAAAUUU